UUCGUUAGAAACGAGGAAGUGGGAGAGUUGGUGCUGUGGGUACAGUGUGGACGCAUUCUGGGUUUAACUGAAACGUGUUUAACAGGACACCGAGGAGGAAACAGCAUACUUCAGUGUUGUGUGGAUGUUGAUGUAGGAAAGGGCGAAGAUUGAGAUGGAUGAGGGGGCUCGCAGCUGCUUGCUGCGCUCCAGGACAACCCUGGAGCAGGACAUCAAGGCUUCCUACCUCAUGGACCACAUGAUCAGUGAUGGGGUCCUGACUGGAGAUGAGGAGGAGAGGAUAAUCAAAAAGCCCACCAGAAAGGAGCAGGCAGCAGCACUGUUGGAGAUACUACUGUGCAAAGACAACAGGGCGUACAUCUCCUUCUACAACGCGCUGGUCCGAGAGAGCUACGGAGACCUGGCCGGUCUGCUUCACAGCGACCUGCCACAGCUCAGCCCUGAGGGGGAAAAGAGCUACUUUAACGGGAUCUCUCCCUCGGUGCAGGUGAUCCUGAGUGAGGGUGGCGUGCCCCAGAGGCCCAUGGUGUUUGUGAACCGUCCCACUCUGCUUAACCUGCUCCGGGAGAAGCUGAGCCGGCUGCAGAAGGCUUCGGGAUGGGUCACCGUGUUCGGCAUGGCUGGAUCAGGGAAGUCCGUGAUAGCCGCUGAGGCCGUGAGAGAUCGGACGCUGAUCAAAGAGUGUUUUCCUGAUGGAGUUCACUGGCUGUCAGUUGGGCAGUGUGAGAAAGCAGACCUCCUGGUGAGGAUGCAGUCUCUGUGCUUCAGGCUGGAGCAGGGUCAAAGUUCAGAAGCGUGCUUAAGGCCGCCCAGCUCAGUCGAGGAGGCCAAAGAGCGUUUACGCUUCCUCAUGCUGCGCAGGUUUCCCAGGUCUCUGCUGAUCCUGGAUGACGUGUGGGACAGUUACACUCUCAGGGCAUUUGAUAUCCAGUGCCGAGUGCUCCUGACCACCAGGAACAGCAGUCUCACUGACUCCGUGAGCGGUCACAGGUUCAAGGUGCCUGUUGAGAGCGGUCUGGAUGAUGAGAAAGCUCUGGAAAUUCUCGCUCUGUAUGUAAACGGGAAAUCUCAGAAUCUUCCAGAGCAGGCUCGCAGCAUUGUGAAAGAAUGCAAAGGCUCUCCUCUGGUAGUGUCUCUGAUUGGGGCGCUGCUCAGAGACUUUCCUGACCGCUGGGGCUACUACCUGGAGCAGCUGAGAAAGAAGAGAUUCCAGCGCAUACGCAAGUCUUCCUCUUAUGACUACGAGGCCCUGGAUCAGGCCAUGGAUGCAAGUCUGCAGGUCCUGGAAGAAGAACACCGAGAGCUCUACAGAGAUCUGAGCGUGCUGGAGAAAGAUGUCAAAGUGCCUGCCAAGGUGCUUUCUGUGGUGUGGGGUCUCGAGCUGGAGGAAGUGGAAGAUGUCCUCCAGGAGUUCGUGAAUAAAUCUCUGUUGUUUCGGGAUUGUAACCAGCGGCCGUAUCUCUACUACCUACACGACCUGCAGCUUGACUUCCUCACAGAGCAAAACCGCAGUCAGCUAGCGGAGCUGCAUGCUAAAGUGGUCUGUCAGUAUCAGAAAGCAUACAGAAAAAUGCCACCGCUCUCAGGAGAUGUGGAGGGAUCCUACUGGUAUCGUUUCUUGCCGCAUCACGUGGCACGGGCGGGCCUGUCCAAGGAGCUUUACUCCCUCAUGUUUUCACUAGACUGGGUGAAAAAUAAGGCUCAGGUAAUGGGAUCCGCCCACUUAAUCAACGAUUACGUGGAGCAUGGUGACAUUCUCGACAAAGAGAACAGCGAGGUGAGGCUGCAGUUUCAGGAGUUCUUGUCUUUGAACGGCCAUCAGUUGGAGCAGAGGCCUUUCCCUGACGUGGUGCAGCUGGCCCUGGCUCAGCCGCGCUCCUCAGAGGUCUACAGGCAGGCUCUUCUGCAAGCGCAGGACAGGGCCAGCAGGGGGCAGCUCUACCUGGACUGGGUGAACAAGACCAGUCUGGAGAGUCUGUCACGGCUUGUGCUGCACCCUCACCAGAACUCUGUCUACUAUGCGUGUUUCUCUCGAGAUGGCAAGAAGAUCGCCUCCUGUGGGGCCAGCAAGACACUGCGGGUGUUUAAGAGUACCUCUGGAGAGAAGGUCCAGGAGAUCCAGGCUCAUGAUGAUGAAGUUCUGUGUUGUUCCUUCUCCCCUGAUGACCGUCAGAUAGCAACCUGCUCCAGUGACAGGAAGGUUAAGAUAUGGAAUUUAGAAAAAGGCACGUUGGUGCGUGUGUUUGAUGUUGAGCACGAGGAGCAGAUUAACCACUGCCAGUUCACUAACACGUACCGGCGCAUCCUGCUGGCCACCAGCUCUAACGACAAAUUCACCAACACCAAGGUGUGGAACAUGAACAAGCAAACGUCUCAGAACACUAUGUUCGGACACACAGAUAGUGUCAAUCACUGUUGCUUCUCUCCAGACGACGCCUACCUCGCCACCUCGUCGAAUGAUGGAACGCUGAAGCUUUUUGAGGUGACCUCUGCAAACGAGUGGAAGUCUAUCGACAUCACCGCUUUGUUUCCAGAGGGCGAUGAAGGAGGUGUUUCUGUGAAGUCCAGCACGUGGUCAGCCGAUGGCAAGCGCAUUAUAGGCGCUGCAAAGAACGCAGUCUUUGUAUUUGAUGUAGCGACACUGGACAUGUUGUUGGAGAUUAAAACCAGUCGUCUAAGCACAGUGCAGUACUGUCAGGCCUGUCCGAGCAGUCAGCUACUAGCCUUAGCACUGUCACACUACACUGUGGAGCUGUGGGACUUUGAGGCUAAUAAGAAGAUGGCUGAAUGCAGUGGGCACCUGAGCUGGGUGCCUUGUGUGCAGUUCUCUCCUGACGGUUCGCUCCUCCUCUCAGCCUCCGAUGACCAGACCAUCAGACUGUGGGAGACUGAGCAUGUACAUACAUCUUCAGCCGUGGCUCUGAAGAGGGACUUUGAUGUUCUCUUCAGUCAGGAGGACAUUACGGUGGUGGCAGCUGACAGCCAGAACAGGUUACAGGUGCGUUCGGGCCCAGAGGGUAGGGUAGUGCUCGAGACGGCGAAGCAGACGUCGAGGAUUCGUUGCGUGGGUAUCUGCAGGCAGACGCCUACUGUGGCGCUGGGCAUGGAGGAUGGCAGCGUGCAGGCAGGAAGAAUGAGCGCUAGGCAUGUGCUGAGGAGCAUUGGGUGGAGAGCGCUGCAGCUGUUGAGCCUACAGCGUACGGUAGUGCUGGCACUAGGGCUAGAGCUAGGAACAGUACAGGUGCUCGAGGUUCCCUCUGGUAAGACUUUAGCAACACUUCAUGGCCACACCAAAACUGUGCACCACUGCCUCUUCACUGAUGACGGACAAACCCUAAUCACAUCCUCAGAGGAUACUACAAUCCGGGUGUGGACGUGGAUGACGGGAGAGUGUCUGACGUUAGAAGGCCAUACGGAGCCAGUUAGAAAGUUUCACCUUCUGAGCUCCUCCUCUUUAUCCUCUGCUCUGCUGUCGUGGUCAUUUGAUGGCACUGUGAAGGUGUGGGAUCUGACGUCAGGAGAGAAGCUCCAGGACCUGAAGUGCCAUCAAGGUGCUGUUCUGUCUGGUGAUGUAUCCCCUGAUGGACACCUCUUCUCCACCACCUCAGCAGACAAGACAGCGAAGGUGUGGAGCUGUUCAUCAUGGAAGAUGGUGUUUUUCUUGCAAGGCCACAAAGCUUGCGUGCGCAGCUGCCGGUUCUCCUGGGACAACAAGCGCCUUGCUACAGGUGAUGACAACGGAGAGAUCAGGCUUUGGAACAUGUUGAAUGGAAACCUGCUGAAGAUCUGCUCCCGGGAGAGCAAGGACUCCAUGGAUUCCUUCCACGGAGGCUGGGUGACUGAUUUGCACUUCUCUCCUGAUAGCAAGGUCCUUGUAUCUACCGGCGGAUACAUCAAGUGGUGGAGUGUGGACAGAGGAGAAGCCCUGCAGACCUUCUACACCACAGGAAACAACCUGAAGCGCAUCUGUGUCUCGUCUGACUUCAAAACGUUUGUCACCAUCGACAACAUCGGCAUCCUGUACAUCCUGAAGCAGGUGGAACAAGGACAGCUUUAGGAUGGACCAUCUAGAAUUCAGACUCAUAAAUCAUUUCUUGUGUUUUAUUUCUGGCCUGUCUGCAGCUUCUUUAGAAGGUCUAGAAGGUUUUGUGAACUCAGCUGUAACUUCUGAAAAUGACCUGCUGUAUGCAUGUUCUGUUGCCUUGUGGAAGCAAAUCAGUGCUUUUCUAGGACAAUCUUCGUCUUUCUGUUCUAAUUUAAAACAUGUUCUCAAUGACACCACGUUGGAGGGAGAAAGAAGCCCUGCACCACUGUGCCUGAGCGUUUGAUCUACAGCCUUAAAAGCUCAAAAAAUAUACCAGUAUGGAAAGCACUGCCUCUUAGGUUUGAUGUGCUGGGCAUAAUAUACGGAUAAUGUUUUAGUAAGAUAAAAUUAAUGACCCACAUUUUAUUAGAGAGUUGCAAAAUGGAGUAGAAGCAGUUGCACUGUGCUUUAGACCUUAAUGAAAGCAGCUGAGCAGGUAGCUUUGCACUGUCAGUAUUCCAGCCUUAUAUAUUCUCUAAAGUGUCUACAAUCACAGCUGAAGGAUAGCGGCUAAUCAGAUGCUGAUGCUAAAAAUAAAGCUGAUGUUUUACGCCAGGGAUGAAAUUGUAUAUGAACAUCAGUGCCCUAAAUGCUGCAAGAAAAAAUGGUACUAUUACAGUUGAUUGAGUGAAGACGAGUGAAGUGCAGUCAGUGUAUUUUACAGACCUGUAAUACCAAAGACCAUACUUAAAAAAAAAAAAGAAGGAAAGAAAGAAAGAAAUUGUCACAACAGAGAAUUUGAUAAGACGUAAAGCACAGUAGCAGCAAUAGAUGAAUAAGAACUGAGUAAUAACUGUGGAAAAUUGUUUUAAGGCUCCCAUGUCUUUAAUGAAAAGCUAAUAAAUGUCGGUGCAUAAUUAUUUUAACUCUAGAGUUGUUCUCUCGCAGUGAGGACCUGCUGAUUGUGGAAUGAAAUGGAGUUAACUCAGGUGUUUUGCAUGGUAGACACAGUGUACUUUAAAACACACUUUUCUAUAAAACUGUUGGAUAUCUUUUUAAAAUUAAGGCUUUUUGAGACUUUUGUAAACAUCCAAAGGCAUGUGCGGAUUAAAUCAUUUUUGCCUGAAAAAUGUUAAUUGUCAAUGUCAAUGUAAAGUUCAUUUAGAAUUUUCUGCACAAGAACUGGCUUUUAUAUGUUCCAGUCAGUCCUGUUUCUAAUAAAGCUGUGUAUGUAUUGUCGUACAAAGAACCAGGGAGAAUGUAGAGGGCAAUUCCAAGUGUCAACCUUAAUGUGGAAAAAUAAAGGAUUUUAAACUUUUAAAA